AUGGUUAAUGCGCAAGGAACAUUUAGCACUUAUGCAUCCAGGAUACGGGACGCCAACAGCGCUCUGAUCUUGCCACCCGCGCUCGGAAGACGUGCCAAAAGAGCAGUAAUGUCGAUGGCAGAGAGCGACGAAGAUGAUUGGGAUUUCGAGGACUCGUUAAGAAGCACACCUACGAGACAUCAAUAUAGACAAGCAGCAUACAUGGGGAAAGAGCGCUCGGACAAGGGGAAGAAAGGAUGGGCACCUCGACCAAGAAAAACUCGCCAUACCUUUAGUUCCCAAAAAGAAUUGGAAGAUGUGGCAGAUCAGGAUGCAAUUUUAGUUCCUAUCCGCUUAGACAUUGACACAGAUGACUAUCGUCUUCGAGAUACAUUUACAUGGAAUGUAAAUGAACAACUAUUAACGCCCGAAAAGUUUGCAGAAAUCCUUUGUGACGAUCUCGAUCUGAAUGCAGCCAAAUUUAUCCCAGAAAUUGCUCAAUCUAUCAGGGAUCAGAUUGCAGAGUUUGAGCCAGUUGCUGAAGUCCAAGUCCCAGAUGAAGGAUCAAGAGUUGUCAUCCAGUUAGAUUUGCAUGUAGGAAGUAUUAAUCUUCGUGACCGUUUUGAAUGGGAUGUAGGCUCCGAUAUGACACCAGAAGAGUUUGCGAAGCAAUUAGCAGCAGAUCUUGGUAUUGGAGGCGAGUUUGUGUCAAUGAUUUCACAUGAGAUCCAUGAGCAACUUUAUCGGUUUAAACAAGAGCGUUUAUUGGGCCGUGGAUUUGAGCCAGAGCCCCUAUAUUCAGGAUUUCGAACUGUUGAUGACGGUAAAAACUGGAGUCCUGCACUUGAGACCCUGACUGCAGAGGAAUACGAAAGGAUUUUGGAGGAUAAGGACAGAAGCAUUCGGCGGAAUCGACGAGCCACAACGAGUCAAUCAAAACGUCGUGGUGGUACUAUUGCCAUGUCAUAUAAUGUGCCAGGGUAUUCAAGCAAGAUCACAAAACGUGGACGCCUGAUACCACUACAGUGCAGCUUGAUUGACGCGGAACAAUAUGAGAAAUGGCAGUGUCAACAAUGUGGAUUAGGGGCUCAUUCAACCUUCAUGAUUCGUUCUGGCCCUACAGGCGAGAAAACCCUCUGCAACUUCUGUGGUCUCCAUUACACAGUUCACGGCUCGCUACCUAUGGAUAGAAAAGAUCUUUUUAAAUUCAGCGUGACUGAUACAAGUACAGAUGCAGAGACACAAGCAGAGAUUAGAGAAGGGAUCGCUUCAUCAGCUUUAUCUGCAGCAAUUACCACGCCAACAGCUGCACCCGUAGGUGCAUAA